AUUUUUUUUUAUUUAUUUGUUAUCUUCGGUGAUACUUCUUGUUGGGUUAUAUGAAUUAAAAAUGUUAAAUUAUAUUAAUUAAAAUGUAUUGCCGAAUCUUUAUAAAACCACCUUUGCAAUAUGCCAAAACUUUAUUUACAAAACAAUCGCCCUUUUUACUUAAAAUUCUUCAACGAAAGCUAAUACAAUUUCCACAAAGUAGAAUUGCUCUGCAAACCACUCACUGUGGUAGCAGUCAAUUGAGAUUCUAUUCUAGCGGAGAUGGAGAUUCAAUUUUGGAAUCGGAAACAUUCGAAGAUCUCAUCUUCGAGGAGAAUCUACUUGAUUUUUCAUUUAAAAAUAUUCUCUACCGUGAAGAUGAUCCUGUAGUCAAAAAGAUAAACACAUGUCGUUCUGCACAGGAAUUAUUAGAUAUGUUUGCUAAGGAAGGAGCUCGAUUUCAAUCCGCACAUUUAGUUCAAUCUGUGAUUUUACUUUGGGACUUUUGUCGUAGAGCAGAAAAUGGUGUUUCUGAAGUUCAAGGUAUCAUCAAAGCACAUGGCCAGUUUGAAGAACUUCUGGCAAAGCUAUUGGAGAGUGUUGAAAAUCUCAAUCCAAACGAAAUGACAUGCUGUUUCCUGUACUUGAAACGAAUAGGAUUGAAUUCUGAACACAAAAUAAUUCAGGAUCUUCUAUUCUCUAUUUUGGAAAAGAUCAGAAAAGGUGAAAAUAUUCCACUAUCAGCUCUAUCCAGGUUUUGUGUUGCUAUUGGCACUGACAAAAUCUUUAAUACCUCAUUCGUUGGCAAAAAUAUGCUUCCUCAAGUUAUUAAAGCACUAGAAACCUGUGUAACAGCUGAGGAAAUAAGACUUAUAACAAUUUGCCUUAUUAAUGUAAGGCAACUUGUUGUAGCAGAAAUUCUAGAGUCCUACAAGUCAAAAGUACAACAACUAAUGAAACUCGACAUAAUAAACACUGAAAGUACAAAAUGUUCCUUAAAAAUUUUAAACUUCCUAAACCAUCCGUCUUGGUCUCAUAGAAACUCGGAGCUUUCUAGACAGCUAAUGCUUCUAAUUAUGCCGGUCGUUCAUGAUUUAUCUGAAGAAGAUGUUAAAACAGCUUAUAGAAUAUACCAGAGCCAACUCGAACCGGCGGCUAUAGCUCCAAAGCUUCUUAAAGUAAGCGAAACAUUGCUCGAAAAACAUCCUACCGAAGAAAUGUUAACAUGCAUUGUACAAUUUGCGGAGCCGAAAAAGAAAGAACGUCUUAUAGAGAUCUUCCAAAAGCAAUUAUCAAAUGAAUCGAUGUGGCAACGACAAACAGCACCUUUCUAUUUUUUCACAAUUUUACGAUCGUUGAAAAUUUCCGACAGUGCAUUAUGCAACCAAUAUUGGAAUAAAGUAUUAGAAGAUCUAGAAAAGAAUCCAGAGGGAAAAGAACAUUACGUAUUUUCAAGACAUUGUCAUCGUUAUAUGUAUUUUAAUAAUAAUUUGGGAGGAACUUAUCGACAUUAUGAUUUUGAGAAACGUAUGGCCCAUUUGUGCAUGAAUGAAAUUGAAAAUGGUAUAUCGAGUAUGAUUCCUUCGAAAUUUGCAAGCAUAGCGUCAUUUGUUUUGGGAUAUGGUCACACAUAUCGGGGAAAUUCAAUGAUUCCAAGUGUUAUUUUGUCAAAAAUUGAAACAAUGAAAUAUCAAUUUAGUCCAGAUGAUUGUUUACAAUUGUCGAGAGGUAUUCAAAUUGCUUUUGAAAUGAGAUUUCGUCAUUUUGUCCCAACAAUAUUGGGUCAACAAUUGGGUAUUAUAGAAAAAGCACUGUGUGAGAGUGCACAAAGACAUUUGGACACUUUGAGUGAUGACAAUGCAAAGGAUUUAAAUGUUAUUGUUCGUGCAUUAAACAAUCGAAAAAGUCCAAAAAAAUCCUCAAUAUACCAACAAGCGCUCAACAAGUACAAUCACAUAAAACCAGAUACGCUCAAUUCUAGAUUACUGCGAAAUAUGUCCUAUAACUUGAGCACAUCAAAUUUUGUUGCUCCAGAAAUUCUAGAAAAAAUGUUCACUUACAUUAUGGAGAAUGAGGAAUACGUGACAGGCGAUACAGCUGAAAAGAUCAUUUCUUGUUCUUAUAAUUUGGGAUACUCGCCUCAAAUGCAAGAGUAUUUAGAUUCAAUUUCUAGAAUAGUAAUGAGAGAUUUUAAUUAUAUGACCGGACUCUCAAUAAUACAAGCCUGCUUAGCACUAUGCUUUUAUAAGACAAUACCGGAAACACUUAUAAAUAAAGUUUUUUGUGUACAUUUUAUAAAACGAAUCGAAGAAGAAAUUGAAAUGUGCUACUCAAAGGCGACUUACCCAGAACGAGUUCUAAAUCAAGUAAUGCAACUUAAUCGUGCGGUUUGUUUGGAUUUCCCCGAAGUAGAUGUCCCAUGGUUUCAGCAAAAUUAUCUCGAAGCUCAACUAAGCAAAUAUCCAUUUGUUCCAAGUAGGUACAACGAUGAUGUUAAACAAGUUCUUCUUUCACUUUUGAAGGAUGAAUCUCUAUUUCGUUGUAAUCAUGUUACUCCAUAUGGAUAUAGAUUUUUCCGCAAACUCACAUCAUCAACCAAGUCACCGGUUACUAAGUUAGAAGACGAGUCCUUGAGAUCACGUCAAAUACAAAAAUGUCAAGUGGAUUCCGACAACGAUUUAUGUCAGCAGAAAAUACCAAUGCGAUGUCCAUACACAAUCAGUGCAAAAAUUUCCAAUCCUAGAAAUAAGAACAAACUCAACUCACGAAGCAACCGUACCGAUAGUUCUUCCCAGUCAGAAACUAAAUCCACAAACUUCAUGGUAUCUUCUCAGUAUGUUAGCAAGCUGGAAACCUACCUGUCAUCUGCACGUCAAACCAUGAACCCCAACUUAUUAGCCUGUGACGUCCAUGGUGUUAGGAGUUUUCGACUUCUAUCUGAAGAAGAUACUUCCAACGAUUACUCCACACACAGAUGCUCUGCUGGUAUUGUAUUUGAAAAGGUCAAAUACAGGGAAAAUAUUCGUUAUUUUCGACGUACUCCAUCCAAUUCGAGCCUAUCAAGUUAUCCGUCUUCACCAAAAACUAUAGAUUAUCAUAAGGAAUAUCUUUGCAGUCUAAAUGAAAAGAAAAAGGAGAAUAACAACAACAAAAAGAGCACAUAUACACAAAGUCGACAAAGUAAUAUUUUCCUUCAGUUUAGAAAUAAUAUAUCUCACCCAGUUAACCUUAAAUUGAGUUCAAAUCCUUCGGGUAAUUUGAAUAAUUUGGUUAUAAGUGAGGGUCGAAAUUGGUUAAAUGAACCAUGUCCGGUAGUAAGUUGGGAUAUAAAUGGAAAUUCGAUUGAUGAUGAUAUUGUUUGUUUGAACAACAACUGGGACGAUUGUGAUAAUCGAAUGAAUCUUUUGCGUGACAAACGUUUAUUAAAAACCCGCCUAGAUGGCUCAUUCAAGUCCAGCUCCAGAUCUAGUUCAACCACUUUAGAAACAUGGGUGGACGACGAAAUUCUAGAUAACUCAUAUAACGAGGAAAUUGAAAGGCAAUUUCGGAUUUAAGGAACUGUGUUUUGUGUGAAUGAAAUUGUACUCUUGCUGUAGAUAGAAAUAUUUAAGUUUUAAUUAGUUUUCUUUAAUAAAUAUUUAGUCGGAAA